GCCACGCCCACUUCAGCACCAGUAGAGACAGAAGCAGACUGCACGGUGUCUGUCUUCUUCACGGUGUCUGUCUUCUUCACGGUGUCUGUCUUCUUCACAGUGUCCUCACAGUGUCCUCAGCUUUGACUUUUCUCAGUCUCAAUGCAGAACGAAGAAUUAACCAUGAAAGAAAGCCGAAGACGAGAGCAUCAGUCAGGUCCGAGCAGAGUGGGUUUACAUGACGGUGAAGCUCUGGAGAGUGCAGACUCUGACAUCGGCAUGUGUGGCUGGCUGCUGGUGGGGUUCUCCCUCCUCCUCAUGCUGCUCACCCUCCCCAUCUCCAUAUGGAUGUGCAUUAAGAUUGUGAAGGAGUAUGAGCGAGCCAUUAUCUUUCGCCUGGGACGCAUUCUGAGGGGAGGAGCCAAAGGACCAGGAUUGUUCUUCAUCUUGCCCUGCACUGACAGCUUUAUUAACGUGGACAUGCGCACCAUCACCUUCGAUAUUCCACCACAAGAGGUUCUGACCAAAGACUCGGUGACGGUGAGUGUGGACGGUGUGGUGUAUUACCGCGUCCAGAAUGCUACGCUGGCUGUAGCUAACAUCACCAACGCUGACGCUGCCACGCGACUGUUGGCUCAGACCACGCUCAGGAACGUGCUGGGAACCAAGAACCUGUCAGAGAUCCUGUCUGACCGCGAGGAGAUCGCACACAGCAUGCAGUCUUCUCUGGACGACGCCACAGACGAUUGGGGGAUCAAGGUGGAGCGUGUGGAGAUCAAAGAUGUGAAGCUUCCUCUUCAGCUGCAGAGGGCGAUGGCAGCUGAGGCCGAGGCCAGCCGUGAGGCCAGAGCCAAGGUGAUCGCAGCAGAAGGGGAGAUGAAAGCCUCCCGCGCCCUGAAGGAGGCGUCGCUGGUCAUCGCUGAGUCUCCGUCCGCUCUGCAGCUGCGUUACCUGCAGACCCUCAACACCAUCGCUGCUGAGAAGAACUCCACCAUCAUCUUCCCUCUGCCGCUGGAGAUGAUGCAGGCCUUCAUCAAGAACUGAUGAGUCAGCACACACACACACACACGCACGCACACACAGGCCUUCAUCAAGAACUGAUGAGUCAGCACGCACACACACACACACACACACACACACACACAGGCCUUCAUCAAGAACUGAUGAGUCAGCACGCGCACAGACACACAGGCCUUCAUCAAGAACUGAUGAGUCAGCACGCACAGCACACACACACACACAGACACACACAGACACACACAGACACACAGACACACAGACACACACACAGGCCUUUUAAGCAUGUCUCUUUAUAAUUAUAAAUGUGACUUAAAAUGUUGUUUCAUUUCAACACACACACACACUAACGGCAGAGAAGCAGCUUUCUUAUCAUUAUUAUUAUUAUUUUUAUUAUUAUUACUACUUGUGACCAGUUUGAAGUCUGUUUGUCUUCAAGAAAAAAACUCAAAUCACCAAAGACUUUGUGUCACAUGAUCUGUGACUGUCACUCAUGCAGAGUCGGCCUCAGCAAACUCCAUUUCAACAUUUUAAAGAUAUCUUUAUAUAUCUUUAGUUAUUUGGUUUCAUUUUGUAGUUUAAUUCCAGUUCAGUAUCACCACACUUGUGCUUCACUUUGAAUAUGAACGUGUGAAUUAAUACUAGGACAGUGUUGUGAUGUUCACCCUCCUGUGACCAUGACAGGAUGUGGCAUGCGUACUUCUCAUUACCAUAACUUCUCAUUGAAAAUUCAAAAACUGCCGGGAAACACGUAGAAAUAGAGCUU